AUGAUCUUCUCCCGCCUCUCGCUUGUCACCUUCCUCGGCCUGGCUGCCGCCUCUCUCGCUUCAGACGUCGAGCCGGCUCUCGAAUCUCGCACUCUUCACCUCGGACUCGGCGGCGGACUCGACAUCGGCGCAGGCGUCGGUAUUGGCGCAGGCGUCGGCGUUGGCGCAGGCGUCGGCAUCGGCGGCGGCGUUGGACUCGGCGGCGGCGUUGGAGUCGGCCGAGGAGCGGGCGCCCACGGCUCGUCCUCCUCGAAGGGCAAGGGCGGCAAGGACUGCGGCUGCGACUCUAAGUCCCGCUCGAAGAAGAGCAAGGGCCACAAGUCGACUUCGACGAAGAAGAAGGCGCACCACUCGUCCACGCCGGCCAAGAAGGGUCACUCGUCCGGCCACAAGUCGUCGGGCUCGAAGAAGGGACACUCCGCCGCAAGCGCAAAGGCUCAGGCGCACGUCGUCACGACGCUCAAGACCUGCCACAAGGACAUCGUGCGCCUCGGCGGCGAGCUCAAGGGCUCCCUUGCGGGCUGCGACCACAAGCAGGCGCAUCUCGUUGUCAAGGCUGUCGCUGGCAUUAUCGGCGAGAUGCACGCUUCGCUGAAGGUCGCUGCGUCCGCCUGCGUCAAGGUUGCAGCCGGUGCCACGGUCGACUUCGAGGUCAAAGUCGUCGCGCGCGCCGUUGCCGACCUCCUCAACGCCCUUUACGUCGCCCUCAGCCCGCUCGAGGCUAUUGUCAAGGUCUCGCCUGGCCUUGUUCUCCUCCUCUCUGUCCACCUCCUCCCUCUCUGCUUCACCGUUGUCGGCCUCCUCCACGCUCUCUUCGCCAUCUCAGGCGGUCUCGUCGCAGCCGUCGCAGGUCUCCUGCACGUCCAGUUCGCGCACCUCUUCAAGCUUCUCGGCUGCGGAUCGCUCGUCGUCGCUCUCGAACUCUAG